AUGCCUGUUAUGAAAGGAUUACUGGCACCUCAAAAUACCUUCUUGGACACGAUCGCGACUAGGUUUGACGGCACACAUAGUAAUUUCAUUCUUGCCAAUGCUCAGGUGGCUAAAGGAUUCCCCAUAGUUUACUGUUCCGAUGGCUUCUGUGAGCUCUCUGGAUUUGCACGAACUGAAGUCAUGCAGAAGAGCUGUAGCUGUAAAUUUUUAUAUGGUGCUGAAACAAAUGAGCAAAUGAUUCUCCAAAUUGAAAAGUCAUUGGAAGAAAAAAUAGAAUUCAAAGGAGAGAUCAUGUUUUAUAAAAAGAACAGGUCUUCGUUUUGGUGCCUAUUGGACGUUGUUCCAAUUAAGAAUGAGAAAGGUGAUGUUGUUCUGUUUCUAUCUUCUUUCAAAGACAUAACAGAUACAAAAAUAAAGAUUUCUAUGGAGGAGAAAAAAGAUGAAAAAUUCAAAGGAAGAGGAAGAGCAGGAUCACAUUUUGAUUCAGCCCGCAGACGGAGUAGAGCUGUCCUUUAUCACAUCUCCGGACACCUACAAAGAAGAGAAAAGAACAAAUUAAAAAUUAAUAAUAAUGUUUUUAUAGAUAAACCAGCAUUUCCGGAAUAUAAAGUUUCAGAUGCAAAAAAGUCCAAAUUCAUACUUUUGCAUUUUAGCACUUUUAAAGCUGGCUGGGACUGGCUUAUCUUACUAGCAACGUUUUAUGUUGCUGUAACUGUACCUUACAAUGUUUGUUUUAUUGGCAAUGAUGAUCUAUCUACAACUCGAAGCACAACAGUCAGUGACAUUGCAGUGGAAAUACUGUUUAUCACAGAUAUUAUUUUAAAUUUCCGAACUACAUACGUCAGCAAGUCUGGCCAAGUAAUAUUUGAAGCAAGAUCUAUUUGUAUCCACUAUGUGACUACCUGGUUUAUUAUUGAUUUAAUAGCUGCACUUCCUUUUGAUCUUCUUUAUGCUUUUAAUGUCAAUGUGGUAUCGAUAGUUCACCUUCUCAAGACUGUACGCUUACUGCGCCUUUUACGUCUACUGCAGAAAUUGGAUCGUUAUUCCCAGCACAGUACAAUUGUUCUAACAUUGCUGAUGUCUAUGUUUGCAUUGCUGGCUCACUGGAUGGCUUGCAUUUGGUAUGUCAUUGGAAAGAAGGAAAUGGAAAAAAAACCACUGACCUGGGACAUAGGUUGGCUUCAUGAACUAGGAAAACGUUUGGAAUCUCCAUAUUUUGGCAAUAACACAUCAGGAGGCCCAUCACUCAGAAGUGCCUAUAUUGCUGCCCUGUAUUUUACACUUAGCAGCCUCACCAGUGUUGGAUUUGGCAAUGUUUCAGCCAAUACAGAUGCUGAAAAGAUUUUUUCCAUUUGCACAAUGCUGAUUGGGGCUUUAAUGCACGCCUUGGUUUUUGGUAAUGUGACUGCUAUCAUUCAGCGGAUGUACUCCAGGUGGUCCCUUUAUCACACAAGAACUAAGGAUCUUAAAGAUUUUAUAAGGGUCCAUCACCUGCCUCAGCAAUUAAAGCAAAGAAUGCUGGAAUAUUUCCAAACCACUUGGUCUGUCAAUAAUGGAAUAGAUUCCCACGAGCUUCUUAAGGAUUUUCCAGAUGAGCUGCGCUCAGACAUCACCAUGCACUUGAACAAGGAGAUUCUGCAACUCUCCCUUUUUGAGUGUGCCAGUCGUGGUUGCCUCAGGUCUUUGUCUUUGCAUAUCAAAACCUCCUUUUGUGCUCCUGGGGAGUACCUCCUCCGGCAAGGAGAUGCCUUGCAAGCUAUCUAUCUUGUGUGCUCAGGUUCCAUGGAAGUUCUAAAAGAUAGCAUGGUGCUGGCAAUUCUAGGUAAAGGAGAUUUAAUUGGAGCAAACCUCUCAAUUAAGGACCAAGUGAUUAAAACAAAUGCUGAUGUGAAAGCUCUAACCUAUUGUGAUCUCCAAUGUAUCAUUCUCAAAGGACUUUUUGAAGUGUUAGAUCUUUACCCAGAAUAUGCUCAUAAGUUUGUUGAAGACAUUCAGCAUGAUCUCACUUACAAUCUUCGGGAAGGCCAUGAAAGUGAUGUAAUCACCAGAUUAUCAAACAAGUCUUCCAUCUGUCAGUCAGACUCCAAAGGAAAUGGCAGCAUAAAUAAAAGACUUCCAUCCAUUGUGGAGGAUGAGGAAGAAGAGGAAGUCAUGGCAGAAGAGGAAGCAGCAACUCUUUCCCCAGUUCACACAAGAAGCACAGCCUCUCAACAAAAGAAAUCGGGAAGCAAUAAAAGUUAUCUGGGGAUAAACUUGAAACAGUUGGCCUCAGGUACUGUUCCCUUCCACUCACCCAUCCGAGUUUGCAGUGCAACCUCAUCUAGAACCAAGCAUGAAACUGAACUCCAUUACUAUUCCAAACGGAAAGAGAAAAACUUGGAGCUGCAUCUUUCAUCACUAAACAGCAUCCUCCCUCCUGACCUCAGCCCUCGGAUUGUUGAUGGAACAGAGGAUGAUGGCAACGAUGAGGAAAACCAGGCAUUUGAGUUUGACUCUGAACAAUUGAGGCAAGAAUCCAGAUCAUCUCCCAUCAUUGGGGAGAAUGAAGUUGGUGCUGCUGUGUUAGUUAUCAAAGCAGAAGAAACAAAACAACAGAUCAACAAGCUUAAUAAUGAGGUCACUGCUUUGACUCAAGAGGUUUCUUUAUUAAGGAAAGACAUGAAGAAUGUUACACAUCUCCUGGAAAAUCUAUUGAUGGUCCCCAAAUCACCAGAUUUCUGUGCAACUCAUGGCCCAGCGAUAAGUCCCAACAUGGAAAACUUACAAAAGAGAAUGACAUGGACUACACACCAACCCUGUAUGCAUAUACAGGCACCAAAGGUUACUAGCACAAAAACACAGCUCUGCCAUUCCAACACCAUUGUAGGAAUUUGGAACAUGGACUCAACCUCUGUUAGUAGCAGCCCACAAAGAACUGAAUCCCAUGUUCAAAAUUCUACGGAUGGUGAAUUUUAUUGUACUUCAGGUUUUGAAUAUUCCCCUUCCCGUUGCCAUGUUAUCCAAAAAGAUAAUUUGCAGUUUGUAGGCUGCACUUCUCCCCAUUCAGACACUACUUUGACUCCUCUCCAGUCUAUUUCAGCAACUCUGUCAUCAUCUAUCUGUUCUUCAUCUGAAACAUCCUUACAUCUUGUGUUGCCCAGCAGAUCUGAGGAAGGCAGCUUUAGUCAGGGAGUUAGUUCAUUAAGCCUUGAAAACCUGCCAGGAUCCUGGGACUUGGAAGGAACCACAGGAACUACACUUGGACAGACUUCAGAAAAUUUUAAGACCAGCACAGAGGACAUUAGAGACAGCAAAGCCAUAAAUGCAUAAUGGGACUGAUUGAGUGAUAUUUCAAGGAAGUCCAAUGUUUGUAAGAUCAUCCAGUACUGCAUGACAAUUUGCCUUUUGUUAGAUGAUCAUGAAAACUCGAAAUAUGAAACUUCACAUAGAUAGAAGAUUAGAAGAAAGGCAGAGGCUGAAAUGGAAUGAUUUCUACAUUUCAAAAGCACACUGAAAAAAAAUUAUGUGCAAUUACUCUAGAGAUUUAUGUCAUUCUUCACUGCUCCUUAGGAACCAAAGAAUUUGGAUAGCUAGGACUAGGGAGCUUUGGACUAGGAAGAUGUUGCUGUGUGAAGUGAAGAUUUGUUGUUGUUUUUUGUUUUGUCCAUUUUAUUUUUCUUUCUUAGUGCUUGAUUGUUGUUUCUAGAUAACACCCAUUUUCCUUCAGGUGAUUGAGAAUCUUGCUGGUAUUUAUGUCAGAACUAUAAAGGCUGAAAGACAUUACCACUGCAUGUCAUCUCCUUGACAAUCAACCAAAUAGAUCUGAUAGGAAGUGGUUAAUUGUU